AGUUCCGCAGUGGACUGGAUUUAUAAGGGUGUCGCUAUCUCAGCAGAGCAAGAAGAAGAACCUCCUCUUCCUCGUCCCUCCUGAAGGCAUCAUGAAGGCUGUGUGCUUCACUCUUGGUCUGCUCCUCUUCUCUGUCUGCUGCUGCAGUGCCUUACGCCAAGCGGUGGACCUCAGCGCAACUCCUGGAAGAUGCUGCUUUCAUUACAGGACCAACUCUUUACCGUUGAAGUUUGUUUCCGACAUAAUCAAGACUCACAGCUCCUGUGUGAUGAAGGGAUUCAUAGUCCAGACUGUUAAAGGAAGACAGAUCUGCUACAGCGGGACCUCCCAGUGGGCUCUGACGGUCUACGACCAGCUCCACAAGACUGAAGGAAGUGGGCAGAUUUGAUGAAUAUGAAAAAUGGCAUCAUUUUUGAUAAAUGUUUUUUCUCUUUUUUUUUUAUAUGUAUAUAUAACUACAUGAAUGUCAUAAUGUGGAAACAAGUGGAAGUUUUGUAUUCUAA